CAUUAUCAACAGCAGCAGCAGCAAAGAAAACGCCACCAGCAUCAUCAUUAUCGUCAUGAAAAGCUGACAGAGUGUAAUAGUAUACCCAUAGUGCACAGCUCUACCAAUAUGUUGAGUAUCGUCAGUAUCGUGGUAACGUUAGUUUUCUUGGCCUCAUUCAAUGGCGUUACAGCGAAUCCCGUUUUUGUCGAUAAUCCCAGCUUAGCACAGUUUCAAUCUGGCAGAAAUAUACGACAUUUACCUUGUAUAGUAAGAAAAUCUGGUAGAUCUGGUGUGUGCAUGUUUGCAAUAGACUGCAUCAAACAAAAUGGCACACAUUUGGGUACUUGCAUAGAUCGUUUCUAUUUUGGAUCAUGCUGUGAUAUUAAAGAACAAGAAUUAACGGAAAUAUCAGAUAAUAGCAUAGAUCAAAAUACCAUUUCCCAUCAUUUUACACCGGAAUCAUCAACAGUGCCCACCAGUGCCUUAUUCAAACUCACCACCUUAAGUCCUUUACAUCAACAUGGCAAUAUUAGCAUCAGCAGCAGUAGUAGCAGUUCAAGCACCAGCAGCAGUAGUACUGGUUUGGCUACACAACAAGAUGUCACCCAAAUGCUAAAUAGUGUAACACAAUCAUUUGCUGGUACCACAUUGAACGACACUCCCAGACCCACCACUCUGGUAACCAAUUCGAAUACGGGCAAACCCUUUAAAUCCACAACAACUUAUAAACCUAGCCAACAAACAACACACAAGCAGUCUCAUUUUGUAAUAAGAACUACAGCUAAACCCACCAAAUAUACAACUGGAGCUAAACCUUCUCACAAUACCACAACUAAAAAGAAAACUACACCCUCUAGCACAACAAAAAAGGUUACCACAACAACUACUUCUUCAACAACUACAACGACCUCCACCACAAAAAGGCCAAUGCUUACCACCACAGAAGCAACACAACAAAGAGAUGAACUGCCCGUCGAAAUUACCACAACUCCCACAAAACUAUUUACUUAUCAAAUUGUAGAAACUACAACUUUUACUCCCACAGAAGCCACAAAUGUAUUUGAUUUUGUUACCACAGAAAGAUUACAACACAAAACUACAAAGGCACCACAAACUACAAGCAGUAGCACAACUACUACUACAGCACCUAAAGAAACAACUACAAAACCAAAAGAAACCACUACCAGCACAACAGCAGCAGCUACGACACACAAAAUUACCACCAUAAAACCGAAACCACAAACUACUAGAAAACCUACAACUACAAAGAAACCAACAAGCAUAAAAAGGACUACAGUAAAACCUACAAGAAGGCCAACCAUAACCACCACCUCUACAACUACUACAACCAUUCCCACGGAGUUAGAAACCCGCAUUAAUAGUACCUCGGCAACACAAACAUUCCAAACAAGCACUUCAAGUCAAGCACCUACAACUGCAGUCACAAAUAAAACUACCUUAGCACCUAGACCUAGACCCAAGCCAACAGCCAGUAUUGUUAAGGUGCCCAAACCUACCACGACCACCACUAAAGCUACACCAAAACCUACAACCACUACAACAACGACAACAACUACUACGCCCAGGACUACAACUGAAGCGGAAAAAUUAGCAACAGCAACUACCACCACUACAAAGAAACCUACAACAACAGCACAAACCACCACCACAACGACUACUACUACAACCACCACCACAAAGACUCCAGCUACAACUACCCAUAAAGUAACGCAUAAGCCCGUCUUAAGCUCCACCACACACAAACCGGGUUUGGUAACAUGGACGAAUAUUGAUGGUGAGCCAGUGGAUCCAAAUCAACCCAUCAUUUCCGACUGGGUACCAGUAACCAGUGAAGCACCCUUAAAUACCCACAAUAAGGUGGAAGAACCUUCUGCUGAAAAUAUCACUUUUGAGGAAAUGGAUGUCUCGGUAACAUCAAGUGUUAGCGCUAUGAUGAACAAUACCACAAUCUUCAUAUCACCACCACAAAAACCUAUUGUCAUGGCCAAACCUACAACUACAAGUACUACAUCAACAACCACCAGCACCACCACCACUACAGUUCAACCAACUACUGUUAGCUCCACCUCUACUGCAAAACCUAUCAUCACCUCCACCUCAACUACAACCAAACAACCAGAAUUAAGUUCUACAACUGACUCCUCUUCACAAUUUACCACUGAGGGUUUUGCUCCCUCAACCACCACAACUCCCACAGGUUUUACCACUGAAGAAAUCACCACAGAAAAUAUAAAUCUUAAUUCUACCACUACUGCUCCCAUUACCGGUUUGGAAGGUGUUGACUAUAGACAAGUUUGUGGUCGUCGCAUGUUCCCUGAACCUCGUAUUGUUGGCGGCUCCAAUGCCGCCUUUGGUCGCUGGCCUUGGCAAAUCUCUUUAAGACAAUGGCGUACCUCUACUUAUUUACACAAAUGUGGUGCGGCUUUGUUAAAUGAAAAUUGGGCUAUAACGGCGGCUCAUUGUGUUGAUAAUGUACCUCCUUCUGAUCUUCUUUUACGAUUGGGUGAAUAUGAUUUGGCCGAAGAGGAAGAACCUUACGGUUACCAAGAAAGACGAGUACAAAUUGUAGCCUCUCAUCCACAAUUCGAUCCAAGAACCUUUGAAUAUGAUUUAGCGUUGCUAAGAUUCUAUGAACCAGUAGUAUUCCAACCCAAUAUUAUACCAGUUUGUGUGCCUGAAAAUGAUGAAGACUUUAUAGGACAAACAGCAUUUGUAACUGGAUGGGGUCGUCUCUACGAAGAUGGUCCUCUGCCGAGUGUAUUGCAAGAGGUAGCGGUACCCGUGAUUAACAAUACAAUUUGUGAGACCAUGUAUAGAGCAGCUGGUUAUAUAGAGCAUAUACCGCACAUAUUUAUCUGUGCGGGUUGGAAGAAGGGUGGUUAUGAUUCUUGUGAAGGUGAUUCUGGUGGUCCCAUGGUAUUGCAACGUGAAGCCGAUAAACGUUUCCAAUUGGGCGGUGUCAUUUCGUGGGGUAUUGGCUGUGCGGAGGCCAAUCAGCCGGGUGUUUAUACAAGAAUCUCCGAGUUCAGAGACUGGAUUAAUCAGAUUUUACAAUUCUAGUAUAGUUAUGUUGAACGUAAUAGUGGUCAAGUUAUUACAGUUAAACUUGGUUAGGCCGGCUCUGAAACUCGUGAGUCACUGGGUUUAGCUUUUUCUAAUUUUCGUUUUUAAGUUUAUGCGAAAUGUUGUAUCUAUAGUUAUCUGUAUCUGUAUUUGUAUUUUGUAUAUCACGAUAUUAUUUAAUUUUUAUUUUAAUCUAUUCAUGCAGUUAUUUAUUUUAAUCUACAUUUAUUUAUAGUUUA